AGCAGACUGCUCAGCUGGUGUAUGUCAGUUUCUUUGCCGCGGGUCGGAAAUCGAUCGAUUUGUGGGUCAGGGACAAAGCAGGUCAUGGGCACAAUAUCGAGGUGCAGGAGCUGCCUGGCUGCAGGGUUGUUACGGAACCAAGUGGCUAUCGUCACAGGCGGCGGCACAGGCAUUGGCAAGGCUAUAGCAGCCGAGCUUCUGUAUCUAGAGUGUAAUGUAGUUAUUGCUGCCCGUAAAUUUGAUAGAUUACAAUCUACAGCAGAAGAGUUAAAUGCAGACUGCCUGCCCUCCAACUCUGCCAUUGUAACUCCCAUCCAAUGCAAUAUUCAAAAAGAAGAAGAGGUCAACAAUUUGGUUAAAUCUACAUUAGAUGUCCAUGGUAAGAUCAAUUUCCUGGUGAACAAUGGAGGAGGCCAAGUCUUAUCUCCUACUGAACUCAUUACUUCAAAGGGAUGGAAUGCUGUGAUCGAAACCAACCUGAUGGGCACUUUCUACCUUUGCAAAGCAGCUUACAAGUCCCGGAUGAAGGAACAUGGAGGGUCUAUUGUGAACAUGAUCACCAUAAUGAAUAAUGGAUUUCCUGAAGCUGCUCACAGUGGAGCAGCAAGAGCUGGUGUUGAAAAUAUGAGCAAAACUUUAGCAAUGGAAUGGGCCUGCCAUGGAAUAAGAAUCAAUUGCAUCAGUCCUGGAGCAAUUUAUUCCGCAACAUCCUUCAGCAACUAUGAAGACUUUGGAAAGGACAAAAUUAUAGCAUGCUUUCAACAUUGUGCAGCUAAGAGACAUGGUGUUCCUGAGGAGAUCUCUUCCAUGGUGUGUUUCUUGUUAUCUCCUGCUGCCUCAUAUAUUACAGGACAAACAGUGAAUGUCGAUGGUGGUAAUACUUUAUAUUCCCAAAUGUGGGAUAUACCAGACCAUGACAAUUGGCCUGAUGGAUUAUGGGACCUUUCCACAGUCAAAAGAAUGAAAGCUGCCUUUAAGGAGAAAUCCAAACUUCAAACUGAGGAAAAUAAGAAAAUGGAGUCUUCUCUACUUCCAGCUAAAGAAUGACUUUUUAUACUUUCUAGGAAUUUGUCCUUUUUAUGGAAACUUGCUUACUGCUUUUAAAACAUUAUAAAUUACAUCUUGACAUAAAGUAUGCCUUGAAAGAAUUUUAAAACAGUGCUUUGGCCUGCAUGUUUUUAAAUUUUUUUUUUUUAAUGUUGGUGUGAAUGACUAAGAACUUAGAAAAGCAUAAACUUCAACUGAUCACUUCUCCUGCCCUGAUCCUUACCUAUUAAAAUUAGGAAUAUAUAGGGAGAUUAAAUGUACUUGUUUAUCCUUUUAAGCAGUUGAGUGAAGAAAAAAAUUAAUGGUGGUGUUCUCUCUUCCUUCUUAGUUCUAUUGUAUAGCCCAAAAAUGAGAGAGCAAGUCUGAAUAGUGAUGGAAUUGUGGCUUUGCAAGCACUGUUGUAUAACUCAGUUAAUUGGAGGUAGAGGUAUAUUUGGGGGGAUUAAUAAACUUAUGUUUAAUAAUGUC